CAGAACAAAAAAAGGCUCAAACACUCCACCAGCCAAAACAUUAGUGAGAGAAGAAGAACAUCAACAACAAAACCAAUCUUCAAAUCAUCACUACCACAAAAAACCCAACAACAAAAAAACCAAUUCCCACCAUUUCCUUUUCUUUUUUUGUUGGAUCUUUCCCAAAAUCGUCUGUUUCACCGAGCCUCUCUCUGGGACAGUCCCCAAAUCGUUGUGCCUUUUGCGCUGGUCGGAACUUGCCCGACAAUGAAUUUCGCUACGGUAUAGGACCGUUAUAGUUACGGCCGCUGUUCAGUCGCCGGCUCCCCUAUCAUCAGGUUCCAAACUUCGAAGAAUGAACCCAUAUGACAAAUGGUAUGAUACAUCAACAUCAACAGGAAUAAGCAGCAGCAGCUCAAGAUCGAGCAGUAAUAGGUGUCAAGACUGUGGAAACCAAGCAAAGAAAGAGUGUGUGUUUGUGAGGUGCAGGAGUUGCUGUAGGAACCGAGGGUAUCAGUGCCAAACCCAUGUCAGGAGCACUUGGGUUCCUGUUUCCCAACGCCCUCAGUCUUCCAGGCUUCAACAACAGCAACAGUAUUUGGAUCCACAGGAGGAGCAGCUUCAAGAACCAGUACCAAACCCUAAAAGGUUCAGAGAAGGCCCCAACCCCUCCUCAUCAUCAGGGCAGGAAAUGGGGAAUUUUCCUACUGAAUUGGAAACGCCGGCAAUAUUCCGGUGUGUUCGAGUCAGCUCACAUGAUGAUGCAGUCGAUCAAUAUGCAUAUCAAACGUCUGUCAAAAUUGGAGGCCAUGUAUUCAAGGGAAUUCUCUACGAUCAAGGCCUUGAGGAAAGUUCAUCUCAAUUACCUAAUUUCAGAUCUGAUAUUUCUACUACCGAUUUAAUCCCUACUUUAACCGAGCCUUCCGCUAAUGAACAAUGGGAUUAAUCUCAUAGAAAUUAAUCAAAGUACACGUAAGUCAUUUUGGUACGCAAUACUUCCCCUAUACCCUAAAUCUUGAAACAACAUUUGUUUCCUCCCUCUCUAACAAGCUCCUCUCUCUCUCUAACCUUGUCAUGGUGCAAGAAAGGGAGAGAGAAAGUAGAAUAGGAGAGGGAGUAAUUAACAUUAAUUGCAGUCCGAAUUCCAAUGAAAAGAAUUAUUUGAUCUGGUCGGUGCAUUUUAAUACAUGGUUUUGUGUUUUUUUUUAAAAUAUUUAUUUUUGUUCUUUUUCUAGUGGGUUCUUUAUCAACUUCCAAGCUACUUUUUCUCCCGAUUUUCCGAUUCUUGCCGGCCAAUCUCUAUCUAGGUGCAUGGAUGGGCAAUUUUGUGUAUUUUCGUGGUUAUUUAAUUUUUAUUUGAGUAUCAUUGGCUUCACAAAUAAAUAUUCAUGACCAAAUUCAAAA